AUGGAAAACAUUUUAUCUGCACUGAGCGCCACACUGGGCACCGGCAUUGGCUUAUCCUGCGCCCUGGCGGGGGGAGUUGGUCUCCUAGCACACUGGGGCUACUUCAUCCGAGGCCACAGGAGCAUGGAAGUCUUCAAUAUUUUGGUUGUCCACGGCGUCGCAGUGAUGCUGCUUUUCAUCAAGUCCGUCACAAGUCUGGGAUUCGCAAAGGGUACAACGGCCCAUCUUGCGAUAUCCAGCUCUUACUUCGCAGGCCUGUUUACCAGUAUCGUGGUAUACCGCCUAAUAUUCCACCCUCUGCGCCGGUUCCCCGGUCCUGUUCCAGCCAUGAUCAUGAAGCCCUACAUCAUGUGGCUCAACAGAGAUUGGAAAUUGCAUGAAAGAUAUCUCGAAAUGCACGAGAAGCACGGAGAUUUCGUGCGCGUUGGCCCAAACGACAUCUCAAUCGUCAACCUAGACGCCAUCACCAAGAUCCACGGGCCACAGACAAAGUGCACCAAGCGCAAUACCGGAUUCUACGACGCUUUGAGGACAAAGGGCGAGUUGAACUUGGAUUCUCUUUCGCACAACGAGGUACACCGCGACAGGCGUAAAGUCUGGGACCAAGCUUUAGGAAGCAAAGGUGACGCCGCAUCCCCUCUCAUUCCACUAGGCCUCAAAUCUUCAGCCCUCGAAAGAUACGAAGAAGAAACCCGCACCGUCCUCCGAACCUGGCUAUCUCGCCUCGAAGAAGUCCAAGGAAAGCCAAUCAACGCCUCGCACUACGCGAAACUCAUCCCCUUUGACAAUAUGGGCCGUGUAGGCUACGGCCGAGACUUCGGUACCGUCCGAGACGGCAGAGAGGAUAGGAUGCUCGACCUCAUUGAGACGACGUUCAAGUUGGGCGCUCGACUGGGGCAGACGCCUUGGCCGCUCGUGUUCCUGGCGAAGCUGCCGCGGAUGGGUAUGCAAAAGGAGUUUGAGGAUUUGGGGGUUCGACUUGUGGAUGAGAGGAUCGCCGUUGAUUCUGAUGAGUCUCACGAUAUGUUGAAGUACUUCCUCGACGACUACAAGUCUGAGAAACCAAAGUCUUUCUUCAAUGUCAAUAUCAUGUAUUCCGACUCUCAAGCCAUCCUCAUCGGAGCGACGUACGCCAGAGACACAAUAUCCUGCACUUUGGGGUACGCCUUCUAUUACAUCGCCCGCGACGGCGGACUCCGUCAGCGUCUUUACGAAGAGAUUGCGCCUAUGCACUCCAAGACUUUGGAAGGGGAAUUCGCUUUGACGGACCUCAAUAAGCUUGAUCUGCUUGAAGCUGUCAUCACCGAGACCCUUCGCAUGUAUGCGCCCGCGCCGAUCAAUGGGCCCAGAAUGGCUCCGUCGGAGGGUGUGACGAUUGAUGGGACCUACAUCCCUGGAGACGUGACUUUAUGUACGCCAAUCCACUGCUAUCAUCGAAGCCACAAGUACUGGAGGUACCCUCAUGAGUUCAUACCCGAGCGCUGGACUACUCGCCCAGAGUUGAUCAUUGACCGGAGGGCUUUCUUGCCUUUUAGCUACGGUCGGUAUGACUGUGUAGGAAGGCGUCUGGCUUGGAACGUUCUGCGGCUCACCAUUGCCUAUACUCUCUGGAACUAUGACUUUGAAUUUGCCCCUGGAGAAGACGGCGAGACGUUUGAGGAAGAAGCCAAGUUCCAGCUAAUUAUUAAGCCCGCAAAGUUGGAUUGUGUUUUUACGAAGAGGCCCGAAACCCGAUUGUGA